AUGUUAGCUGAAAUUGCCCUCCAGAAUAGAAGGGGACUAGACAAGCUCUGGGGAAACAAUGAAUGUUUCUAUGCUAACAACUCAGGGGUCACCCAUGAGACACUGCAGCAGGUGAAGGCUAGUUUGCAGGAAAGGCUACAGAAAGACUGUCACCUGAGCUUUCCUCCUUAGGCUAAUCACAGCACAGAGGAACACUUCCUCCUGCUGGGUUUCACUGACUGGCCCACCCUGCAGCCUGUCCUCUUCGCCCUUGUCCUCUUCUGCUACCUCCUCACUCUGACUGGCAACUCAGCUCUAAUGCUGCUGGCUAUCCGCGACCCGCGCCUGCACACGCCCAUGUACUACUUCCUCUGCCACCUGGCCCUGGUGGAUGCGGGUUUCACCACCAGCGUUAUACCACCGCUUCUGGUCACUCUGCGUGGCCAGGCGCUGUGGCUGCACCGCAGAGGCUGCAUGGCCCAGCUGUACAUGUCUCUGGCUUUGGGUUCAGUCGAGUGCGUCCUGCUGGCUGUGAUGGCACUGGACCGUGCUGCUGCUGUGUGCCGCCCUCUCCGUUACACUGGUCUCGCCUCGACCACCCUCUGCCAUGUCCUGGCAGGUGCCGCCUGGCUAGGAGGCCUCACCAACUCCGCAGCACAAACAGCACUUCUGGCAGCGCAGCCACUGUGCACACCCUACCAACUGGACCACUUUAUCUGCGAGCUGCCAGCGUUGCUCAAGCUGGUCUGUGGCAGCGGCCGUGACACCACUGAGCGUCAGAUGUUCGCGGCCCGCGUAAUCAUUCUUCUCUUCCCAUCCUCGGUCAUCCUGGCUUCCUAUGGAGCUGUGGCCCACGCUAUAUGGAGUAUGCGCACCAGCGGGGGUCGAAGGAAAGCUUUAGGUACCUGUGGGUCCCACCUCACGGCAGUCUGUCUGUUCUAUGGCUCAGCCAUCUACACCUAUUUGCAACCUACCCACAGCUACAGCCAGGAACGGGGCAAGUUCGUCUCUCUAUUCUACACAAUUGUAACCCCUGCCCUUAACCCACUCAUCUACACCCUCAGAAAUAAGGAGGUGAAAGGAGCAGCACAAAGGUUCCUGGAGAGAAGGCAAGUCGGACAGUGA